AUGCCCGUCUCCAAACCCCCUCCGCAGCAGGCCAUACCGGCCAUCCAUCCACACCUAGCUUCACCUCCCCCCGGCGUACCGAAUGUCAUGACGACGGCAGCUACCCCGGCGGCCACCACAGAACCCAGAAAGCUACAGAGAAACAGAAGCCCCUCCCCCGAAGGCCCUCCUCCAUCGGCGGCGGCCAACAAGCUCCAUGCAAACCGUCUUCACCCUCGUCACCAAUCCCCAGGUGCGGCGCCUAGAGGUCGCAGUGUCUCGGCCCAGCCACCCACAGGAGGAGGACCAAGGGGACUCUCUGUCGAUGCUUCCAGGGCAGUGUCCAACCCACUCGAGUUCCGUGCGGACUCGCAGCCACGGUCCAGCGAAGCAGGAGGGAACCUCAGUCCCACCACUGCGGCCGGCGGUGCUGCCCCUCCAGAAACCAAGAAGAAAGUACGGAAGAGCUGGCUGCCUGGGGCAAGGUCAAGGUCCAACUCGAACGACUUGGGGAAGCCAAAGGGCACAGGAGCGUGGAUCAUGUCGCCGGAUAACCAGGUGGAUUACAAUGUCGCUCCCUUGUUUACCGGGGAUAAGGUCCCCGAGCUAUGGAACGAACAGGGGAAUGUGCUGGUGUACCUGCACCCAAAGGAAAGAGGGCUCGGGCCUUCGUUUAGGGUGCAUGAUUAUGCGUUCAGUUCGUCAUUGAUACUGAACGAGCUGUUGGUGCAGGAGAUGAUGGCCUUGGCGGCGAUGAGCUCCGACUUUUUGGGGGUGGAUGACGCCGAACGGCGCCAACAACGGCCGGGGCUGCAGUCGCGGAAUUCGGGAGGGGGCGGUGGUCUUGUUGCUGAUGGGCACUUGUAUCUGCCUCUUGGGAACAACGAGGUGGACUGCCUCGUGGCGGCGAGGAACUUGUUUGCGUUUUUGACGAACCAGCCUUUGGUCGGGACGCCUCAGCAGCCGACGCUGUUUCAAGCGCUCAUUCAGAUUUCGGAGCAGUUGAGGCAGUUUCAGUUUACGAAUUAUGACGGGACUUCGUACGGCGAGUCGGUGGACGCGUCGUUUGAUAUGCUUCUUGAUCAGUUUCACAUCGCCGAUGUUAGACACAGCCGAGAGAAGACGAUUGAGGGGUUGGUGUUGGGGGAGCACAUGAAGUCUUGGAACUUGUACAACGAAGCGUUUUCUCAUGCGGUGGGGAAGUAUGAGAGCUUGCUUGAGCUUAAACUCCCGCUCUACAACAGCAUCUCGGCCGUCACGAGGGAAAGGCUGGAGCGCGCUCAUCUGAGUCUUGCCAACCGCCAGGCCAACGUCCAAGGCCGCCUCGAAAACUUUGAGUACCCCUCUCUCUUCGCCGGCACCGCCAGCUCCACCUCCAACCCAGACUACCGCAUCGUCCGCUUCAAAGAAUGGCGCGCCGCGUUUUCCAGAAUGAGGACGUUUGUCCUGGGGUACUACAAGGACUUGUUCGGGUCCUGGCCACCAAAGGCGCGCUCGAAAAAGAACCACUUUACCCAGUCUGGUCUCAACCGCCAGUGUCUAAAGAUGCUGUAUUCCGACCUCUGCGCGCUGUAUGACCUCUUGGUGGACAGACAGUCGAUCACGCCCCGGGUGAUCGACCAGGACUACUACGGCGCCGACUCGAAGAACGCGGAGGGAAAAGAAGACAAGAACAAGCCCAGCAUGGAGCUCAUCCCGGCGUGCGUCUCCGCCCUGAGGCAGAUGCUCUCCGAAUUUGAAAAGUCUUCCCCGCCGGUGCUGCCGCCCAUCCCGUUUGACAUACCCAAGAUCCCGACCAUGACGGCCAUCUACGAGACGUACGACAACCUGCCCGACAAGAAGAAGGCCAAGUUUGACAAGGGUUUGCAGACGCACGAGCUGCAGCUGAUCAUGAUCAAGUCGAGGAACAUGGACACGGACGCGCUGGGCAUGCCUUUUUUGCAGGCGUACAAGGAGUUUGAGCUGAAAGAGGCCAAGGGGGUGCACCCGCACGACUUGAUUGAUCACCGGAUUGGGCACUGGUUGUUUUUGUAUGUCACACUGCAGAGCCUGCCGAUGCUGGUGGUGGACGCGCCCGGGUUGCAUUACACGGAGGGGGUGGAGUACUUUUUGUGCGAGGCGCCGCAGGGGAACCCGCCGUGGAGGGCCGAGGACGUGGGGGAGGUGAGGAAGAUGUGGUAUCAGACUGCCGAUCAGAAGACUGUGGAGCUGAGCGCGGAUGUGGUGCUCUUUAGUGUGGAGGGGGUUUACAUGAGGAGUCAUUGUUGGCUGGCGGGGAAGGAGUGGGAGGCGCAGAACAAGGAGGGGGGGGUUAAUGGGAAUGGGUUGGCGGUGCCGGGGCCAACGGCGGGACAGAUUGCUCCUUAG